CCAACGAACAAAACGGUGAAGCAGAAACUAUGGUUGCGCGCAUUUUGCCUUAUAUUGCAAAGCACGUCAAGGGCUUGACUAUAACGACUUUAGAUCGUGAUGAUGGCAGGCCUCGAAACCCAUUUGCGACCAUUCAUGUAGCACACUACUACUUGACCAUGCAAUUACUCCCUCUCCUGAUCAAAUCAGCGCCGAGCCGUAUUGCUUAUGAUAUCCUGAUCACCCGGGAGUUGACUAAACGAUUGGAGUCCAAGGGAAUCCGCAAGGUUUAUGUUAACUGCAAUCACCCUGGUGUCGCGAAAAGCGAUCUCAGUAGGCACGCCAUCGAGAAAAAUUCGAUUUUGUCUACAGUUUUAGGAGGCGAUUAUGUCGGGAAAAGAGCCCUCACUCAACUCUACUUGGCCACAAGUCCCGAAGUUGAAAACAAGAAUAUCAUGGGAAAAUGUUACAUUCUUGCGGAAAACCAGGAUCUGUAA